AUGAAGCUCCCCCUCCUCCUCGCUCUCGCCGCACUCGCACCCCUUGCAUGGGCCACCCCCGCAAGCAGCGCACACCCAAGAGGGUUACAAGGACCACCAGGACCAGGACCAGAACCAGAACCAGAACCAGAACCAGGACCAGAACCAGAACCAAUGCCAGACCCAACAGUGUCAGAACCAUACGCCCAAUCAGCACCACGCACCACGGGGCUCUCUCUUCUUGUGGGGGUGAAAUAUUGCGCGCUCACUUUCUACUGCACGACUCAUAAACAGUGCGCGGAGCAACCAGACUGCAGGGAGAAAGCCCACUAUGACCCGACCCGAAUCUAUUGCGGGCGCCUCUUCUAUCCCCAUCAAUGCGUUGUGCGCGGAUCUCCAGAUCCCCAUCCCAUCACAAGAUUUGAUGGUUUGGCGCCUGCUCCUACUUCUUCUUCUUCUUCUGCGCCUGAAUUUGCUUAUACUGCUGCUCCUCGGAGGGCGUGAAUAUGAACAAUAGUGAUUGGUGUCGAUAGCGAUGGCGAUGGUGAUCAUGAGGAUGAGGGUGAUCGUGAUGAUGAAUAAUACUCCAUUCGUUCUGCGCUUGUGAUUUUUCAGUAUAUAGACUGAGAGAUGGGGGAUGGUGGUUGGUUCGAAUCUGAUUUUUUUUUUUUUUCUUCUUUUCCUCUCGUUACCCUUGAGACCCCACUGUGUAUGUAAUUUUUUAGCUCUUGCUAUUUAGCUUAAAGUUUUUAUAUUAAAGUUUUAAUCCGUCUACCCAGGUCCCCUCAAAUGCAUCUUGAGUCGAUACAAGCAUGGUUGGCUCACUAUCGCUUUUUCCCCGCCCAUGCCCGAGAAAGCGCUUGCUCUGCUUGGUUUUGAGGAAGAAGAUUAUACCCGCUUGAGAUAGUAUGGUAUAGAAAGAUGUCUUUUGAGAUGUAUUAAGGAGCCGGUGUAUAUUUCUUCCGUCAGUCGGUGGUCAAAUCUGUAGAUAUAUAUAUAUAUAUAUAACGCCCCC